CCGACCGAGCGGUGACCUAAGCAACGGAGCGCAGUGAAGCCCAUUUUUCUCUUUCCUCGCAGCCGCGCCGUGGAGCCCGUGGCGCGCGGCCCCCACAUUGCGGCCCGAGAUGAAUGCUGCGGCAGAAACCGAGUUCAACAUCCUUCUGGCCACCGAUUCCUACAAGGUUACUCACUAUAAACAGUACCCACCCAACACAAGCAAGGUUUAUUCCUACUUCGAAUGCCGUGAGAAGAAGACAGAAAAUGCCAAAGUAAGGAAGGUGAAGUACGAAGAAACGGUAUUUUAUGGGUUGCAGUACAUUCUUAAUAAGUACUUAAAAGGUAAAGUAGUGACCAAAGAGAAAAUCCAGGAAGCCAAAGAGGUCUACAAAGAGCAUUUCCAAGAUGAUGUCUUCAAUGAAAAGGGGUGGAACUACAUUCUUGAGAAAUAUGAUGGGCAUCUUCCGAUAGAAAUAAAAGCUGUUCCUGAGGGCUCUGUCAUUCCCAGAGGAAAUGUUCUCUUCACAGUAGAAAACACAGACCCAGAAUGUUACUGGCUUACAAAUUGGAUUGAGACUAUUCUUGUUCAGUCUUGGUACCCAAUCACAGUGGCCACAAAUUCAAGGGAGCAGAAGAAAAUAUUGGCCAAGUAUUUGUUAGAAACUUCUGGUAGCUUAGAUGGCCUGGAAUACAAGUUACAUGAUUUUGGCUACAGAGGAGUCUCUUCCCAAGAGACUGCUGGCAUAGGAGCCUCUGCUCAUUUGGUUAACUUCAAAGGAACAGAUACAGUAGCAGGAAUUGCUUUAAUUAAAAAAUACUAUGGAACAAAAGAUCCUGUUCCAGGUUAUUCUGUUCCAGCAGCAGAACACAGUACCAUAACAGCUUGGGGGAAAGACCAUGAAAAAGAUGCUUUUGAACAUAUAGUAACACAGUUUUCAUCAGUGCCUGUAUCUGUGGUCAGCGAUAGCUAUGACAUUUAUAAUGCGUGUGAGAAAAUAUGGGGUGAAGAUCUGAGACAAUUAAUAGUAUCAAGAAGUACAGAGGCACCACUAAUAAUCAGACCUGAUUCUGGAAAUCCCCUUGACACUGUAUUAAAGGUGUUAGAUAUUUUAGGUAAGAAGUUCCCUGUUACAGAGAACUCAGAGGGCUACAAGUUGUUGCCACCUUACCUUAGAGUUAUUCAAGGGGAUGGAGUGGAUAUUAAUACCUUACAAGAGAUCGUAGAAGGCAUGAAGAAAAAAAAAUGGAGUAUUGAAAAUGUUUCCUUUGGUUCUGGUGGAGCUUUGCUACAGAAGUUAACAAGAGAUCUCUUAAAUUGUUCCUUCAAGUGUAGUUAUGUGGUAACCAAUGGCCUUGGGAUUAAUGUCUUCAAGGAUCCAGUUGCUGAUCCCAACAAAAGAUCCAAAAAAGGUCGAUUAUCUCUACACAGGACACCAGCAGGGAAUUUUGUUACGCUUGAGGAAGGAAAAGGAGAUCUUGAGGAAUAUGGUCAUGAUCUUCUUCAUACUGUCUUCAAGAAUGGAAAAGUGACAAAAAGCUAUUCGUUUGAUGAAGUAAGAGAAAAUGCAAAACUGAAUAUUGAACUGGAAGCAGCACCUCAUUAGUCUUUGUUUUCUGGCUGUGUGUGUGUAUGGGUGUGUACACGUGUAUAUGCGCAUGUACACAUGUAUACACCUGUGUGUGUGUGUAAUACAUAGAUAAUGUUGAUUGUACAGAUGCGUGGGGUUUCUUUGUGUUUUAUGAUACAUUACAGCCAAAUUAUUUGUUGGUUUAUGGACAUACUGCCCUUUCAUUUUUUUUCCUUUUUUCCAGUGUUUAGGUGAUCUCAAAUUAGGAAACGCAGUUAACCAUGUAACAGAUUAAUGCUAAAGUAAGCUUUUUAGGGCCCUUUGCCAAUAGAUAGUAAUUCAAUCUGGUAUUGAUCUUUUCACAAAUAACAGAACUGAGAAACUUUUAUAUAUAACAGAAGAUCACAUAAAACAGAUUUGCAUAAAAUUAUCAUGAUUGCUUUAUGUUUAUAUUUAACUUGUAUUUUUGUACAAACAAGAUUGUGUAAGAUAUAUUUAAAGUUUCAGUGAUUUAACACUCUUUCCAACUUUUCAUGAUUUUUAUGAGCACAGACUUUCAAGAAAAUACUUGAAAAUAAAUUACAUUGCCUUUUGUCCAUUAAUCAGCAAAUAAAACAUGGCCUUAACAAAGUUGUUUGUGUUAUUGUACAAUUUGAAAAUUGUCAGGACAUACCCUAUAGAAUUACUAACCUCACUGCCCCUUGUAGAAUAUGUAUUAAUCAUUCUACAUCAAACAAAAUAAUGGUUGUUACUGGAAUGUUUAGGCACUGUACAGUGAUUAUCUACCUUGGUCAUUGUAUUGUACCAGUGAAAUGCCAAAUUUGAAAGGCCUGUACUGCAAUUUUAUAUGUCAGAUAUUGCCUCUGGCUCUAAUGUACACCUCAAGAUUUUAAGAAGAUAAUGCUUUUAGAGAGAAUUUCUGCUUCCACUGUAGAAUAUAUACAUAAAUGUAAAAUAUUGACAGAAGUGGAAGUGGCAUAUUUUAAAGUAAUUACACUUCUGAAUUUAUUUUUCAUAUUCUGUAGUUGAUAUUACUUAAAUGAAUUAUUGGAGCUGGUAGUGAGUAUACUUAUUUUAAAUGUUUUGAUUCUGUUAUAUUUUUCAUUAAGUUUUUAAAAAAUUAAAUUGGAUAUUAAAUUGUAUGGGCAUCAUUUACUAAUUUUAAACAGAAUCCCUCAAAUAAUAAGCAAGUUUUUUUAUGACUAUAAAUGACCCUAUGAAAAGAAUGAUGACAUGAGUUUUAAUAGAAGAAUCUUAAAGCAGAAAGUUGGAUAAAUUCAAAUUGUUCAAUUUCAGAGUAUCUAGAGUGAUUGACUGCUAGACUCUGAAAUAGUCGUUGUAUCUGACUAGAGACCAGUUUUUUUCAGACAGCUUUUUUAUGUUUAGGACUAUUGUUCUAAGGCAGGGAUUGGCAAACUAUGACCCACAAGCCAAGUUCAGCCUGGUGCCUAUUUUUGUAAAUGCACAUUGUCUAUGGGCUACUUUCCCACUACAGCAGCAGAAUUAAAUGGUUACAGCAAAGACUAUAUGGCCUGUAAAGCCUAGGAGAUUUAUUCCCUGGCCCAUUACAGAAAAAGUUUGCUGACCCCUGUUCUAAGAAAAGGAGUGUGCCUUGAAUUUAAAUGAAAUAUUGGUUUGCAGGGAACGGAGGAGGCUAAAUUGAUAAUGGAAUUUUUCUCUCUUUUGUCCUUCCUUUUUUCAUUUAGGAAUCUGAUAUUGGGAAAUUAAUUUUAAAAAGUUUUAACAACAUGAUAUUAAAUGUGAAAUUUUAAAAACUGAAAAGCCAUAAGUGAUCUGUCUUAAACAAUUACAUAAGAAAAUACUCUAUCACUAGAAUAAUUUAAUUAGAGGUGAAUUAUCUUUAUUAAAUGUCUUUUAUAAGAUGCAUUAGAAUAUCGGUUUUUUCAGGUGAUUCUAAACACUUGUUUAGUGAGAACAAUAAGCAUUAUGCACAUUCAGUGAGUCUUCAUCCUGUAAUCCCUGGAUAAAAAAUAAUUUUAAGCUGAUUUUUUUAAAUGUAUUUAAGAUUAGUAGUAUUAUGAACACAUCUUCACAAAAUGUGUUAAGGAGUUUAUCAUAGAGAAGUAAAAGAAACUAUAUUUAUUACCAAUAACAAUUUUGAUAACCACCCAUAAUUUUGUAUUUGUUUAAACAUUAGAAUUAUACUACAGACAGUAUUUGUGUUCUGUGAAUUUCAAGAGUUUCAAAAUACCUGGAGGAGUUUUAUUUUGAAACUUUGAAUGCUAAAAGCUGUACAUUUGUAUAUGUCCAUAGAUUAGGGUGGGAGGUGGAAUGAUUAAUUCUGUUAGCCCUUAGCCACUUGGAACUGAUUUAUCCUGAAUUUCUGCCACCACAUGCUUAGUAUUGGAUCAUCCCCAUGCUGAGCAAUGGUUAACGUGGAUGUCAAAUCAACUCUGUUGCGUGUCACCCUUAAAACAGCCUAACUCUCAAACAAAAGGAAAUGGGAUGUAUGAGUCUGUUUAAGUCAUUAGAUUUGUAAUUGACAUAUUAAUUAAUCCCCCUCAAUUCAGAAUAACAUGAAGUAUUUAUAUUUUAAAUAGAAGGUCAGAGUUCUGUGUUAAGACUCAAAUUAUUUGUUCUCUAUCAAAGUAAAAUAGCUUUUAUGAUUAUCCCUUAUUUAAUUGCUUGAAAUUAUAAAAAAAAUUUAUAAUGAAGUCCAUCUUGGAAAAUUAGAAAAAUGGCAAGGUAUUUAUUGUUCUGUUUGCCAUAAUUUAGAACUCACACUUAAGUAUUUUGUAGUUUUACAUUUCUUUUUAACCCACUGAGUGGAGAAUGUUAACUGUCUCCCAAGUCGUAUGUCAAAUCAAUUCUAAUAUGUACUCAAAAUUAAAGAUAAACAUGCAAUAAACAUGGAAAUAAAGUUUAGCCAGCCGUAUUAGUGAAACAUGAAAUUUGACUGUGUGCUUCAAGUAGUGACAUUUUUAGACCUACCUUUUUUAGGUAUUCUUCCAGUUCAAAGAAUUAGAGAAAGAAGAAGGUAUCAAGGAUGACUCCGAUUUUCUGCCUUGUGCAACUAUAUAGAUGGCAGUACCUCUUACUAAGAGAGAAUACUGGAGGGAGCCCUGAUUUGGGGGCAAAGAGCAUGAUUCCUAUGUUAAGGUUUGCAAAGCCUUUGAGACAUUUAAAUGGAGAUGGGGUAAGUAGGUUGUUGGAUAUACAGGGUUGAGGACAGAGCAGGGGUCAGUAAACCACGGGCCUUAGGCCAAAUCCAACCCACCAUCUGUUUUUGUAAAUAAAGUUUUAUUGGAGCACAGCCAUGCCCCUUCAUUUAAGUAUUGUCUGGCUGCUUUCACACUAUAAUGGCAGAGUUGAAUAGUUAUAAUGGAGGCAGUAUGGCCCACAAAGGGCCAUAAUAAUUAACUAUCUAGCUCUUUACAGAAAGAGUAUGCUAGUUCUUGCUGUAGAGUAUAAAGAGAAGAGGACCUGGGGCAAAACCAUGAGGAACUUUAACAUUUGAAGGGUAAGUGGCAGAGGAUAAAGUGGCUAGGGAGACUGACAAGUGGUGACCAAAGAGAUAAAAGGAAAACCAGGAGGAGUAAAGCCAUGAAAGCCAAAGGAAGGGCAUUUCUCAGCUCAGGUGUUGAAUGCUUCUGAGAGGUCAUUAGCCACAGGGAAAUAAUUGGUGGCCUUAGUGACAUUGCUUGCCAAGAAAUGGAGGCAGAUGUCAGAAAGAAGCUACCUUACACGACUUUUUGAAUUUUGACUGUGAAAGGGAGGACAGAAUGACAGAAUAGCAUGUCUUCCUUUCCCCUUCUACUAUCUCUGAAAAGAACCCAGAAAAUAGGGAAAAGUUGAAGAUAAGAUGGCGAGAAGUGAUUAGUGAUGGCACUAGGCUCCUCAGAAGGUGAAUGAGAAUGGGAUCCAAAGCACUGGUAGAGGGAUUGGCCUUCAGAUGGAAGGCAGUACUUCUUUUCUGGAAGAAAAGAGAAGAGGAUGGCUGUAGAUGCAGGCCUUGGUUUUCUCUGUGAAGUCAGAGACCAGAUCACCUGAAAUUGAAGGGAAGGUGAGAAGGAGGUUUGAAAAUAAUACCUGUGGAGAAUAAAUUGAUCAUACAUGUAGUAGCUACGACUGCAAACAGUGUUGAGGACCCAGCUGUUAAAAAUUUGCCUGUUACGAUUUUUCUUCUCUCUAGUAGCACCCUGCUGCCUGGGUACGGUCACAAUGAAAAUGGAGGUACUUGGGUUCAUCCAGAAGUUGGGAUUCUACCAGAGAAGUUUGAUAGAACAACAAAGAGGCAAGGGCAUUCAGUAUAGUGUAUUGGCAUGAGAAUUAUUGAAAUAAUGGUCCUACAGAGGCUAGCUGGAUAGGAACAGAAGUGAAGCCGACACAGAGCUGUCUAACGGGAACACUAUAGAGUUCCAAUGGACAGUCACAUGACAGCUUUGAUAUAUUGGCAGUAGUUGCACAAGCAGAUUUGGAGGGUAGAAAAUGGUAGUUAGACCAGGAUGCUUGGAUUAAUAAUCUGAGAAAAGCAAAUUCAUGGCAUAGUAAGAUGUGACUGUGCAAUGGCUGAAUGAAAUAAGGAUCACUGGAGACAAGACAAUAUCAAGGAACCUGAGAGGACAAGUAGGUUAGGCAGAUGGACAUUGAAAUCAUCCAGGAAGAUGUCAGAAGAUGGAAUGGAGAGGAAAACUAAGUCAGGUGCCGAAGUGUCCUGUGAAUGAAGGGGAGCAAGCAGGACUGCAGGAGGCAGCAAUAAAGGAGGGAUGUGAGCCUCAAAAGGAUCAAGGAUUAUUCUAAGGAUUUGGAGAAUUAAUGGUCAGGAAGUGGCAGUGGAGACCACUAAACCCUUCCAAUCCUGAGAACGAGAUUUGAAGAGGCAAGCCCGCACAGCCUCUUAAAAAGAGUCCAGGCAUUUAUUGACAAGAACAGACUUACUCAAAAGUAUUUCAUGUAUUGUUAAAUGUUUGAUGUACCUUGCCAGGCACUCAAGCAGUAUUAGUUGAAUUAAUGAAUAAAUGGAGAGAAAGUUUCUUCUGGGUUUUAUUGACUGCUGUAAACACUCCUUUCACUGAAACAGGCCUAAGAUUCAAAGCUUUAUGUUUUCAAUUUUUGUUUUGUAUUGAGUGUUUUAAGAUUUACAUUUUGUUCAUCUUUUAAAGAGACCAUCCAAAGCAUUUUUGCAGCAUAGUAAAAUCAGUGAUAUCUUGUCACCUCUUAUAUGUAUUCAGAUUCCUCCCUCCUCAUUUUAAAUCAUCUUUUUCUUUUAUUCAAAAGUUUCUCUAAUUGUUACUUGCCCCUAAAGCAAUUCUGUCUUUGUUUUACAAUUCCUCAUUCCAUUAAAACUUGUAUUAUUAGAAUUUUUAAUUAGGUAUUCCAGCAAAAAGAAAUACGUUCUUGAAAGGAGUUUUAGAAAUUUUUUUCACUAACACAUAAAGGGGUCCCUAAUAAACAGGAAUUUUGCCCACAUGCUAUCACAUGGGCUAAUUGGCCCCUUUUCUUUUAGAAAAGGAUAUACUCAUUCUUUCAAGAGGAUUUGCAUUUACUUAUGUCAGGCAUUUGGGGAACCUGAGGUUUUUACCACUGUACAGGGCCCACAGUGCUCUCUAGGUGAAUAGUAUAGUCUGGCAAGUAACUUUUCUACCAGUUUAUAGCAUUAUCUUUGUGCAGAAAGAUAUGAUUCUGAUUCACAUUGUUUUAUGUUCGUCCCAGAAAAAAGAAAUAUCACUCUUUGUUUGGCAACAGUUUAAUUUAAAAAUGCAGUAACUCUGACCUGCUUUAUUUUUUUAAUUGUGUGAUUGGCUGCUGAGUUGUUUCUUCUUUGACAUAAACUAGGGAGUACAUUCUGUAUCUUUUAUUAAGAUGGAUUAGCUAUUGUGCUUAUGAGCUUUCCCAAUAAAUUGGCUACAAAUUUAAUUCUGAUUAGGUCUUCCUGAACAGCCUGAAGAUUACCAGGUUUUUGAGCCUGGAAGAAAACUACUCUUAUCUUCAGCCUCUGUCUUUCUACUGCUUUCUCCUCAGAUAAUAAACAUGUUCCUGUUUCUGCCAUCCUUAAAAAAUAAUAACUUUCUCUUGGUAACACUAGCUCUAGUCUCCCUUCUCUCAUUCAUAUCCAUACUUCUCAAGCUGUGUAUGUUUACUCUCCAUUUACUGCCUCUCUUUCUCUCUCUCUCUCUCUCUCAUACACACACACACAUUCAUUCAUCUCCCAUCUGGUUCUCACCCACACCUUUCUAAGGAUGCUUCUCUUAUUGAACAGUAACCUCCCAAUUGCCAAAUGAAUGAAUUUAGUUCAUAUCUCACCGAAGGACCUCUCUUGCAUUUACCACUGUUAAUAAUUCAUUCUUUGUCUUUUUUGUAACAUUCUUCGAUCUUCUACAUCUCUGUGAUGAUCCAGUCUCUCCCUUGGGCUCUUCAUACACUUGCCUUUUAAAUGUUGGCACAUCACAUUUCUGUGCAUAUUCAUCUUGGCUGAUCUCAGCCAUCCACAUGGUCUUGACUAUCGCUUAUAUAAUAAAGACUCCAUGCACUUAAUAACUCAUUAGAUCUUCAAACCUUUGACUCACUCUACUUGUCUAAGGUACAUUUCUAUCCAGAUGCCUACUCAAAUGGAACAAGACCAAACUUACCACACCAUCUCAUUUGGAGAUUCAACCAGCCACCCAGGCAAGAAAUCUGGGUGCCAUCUUUGACUUCUCUAUUACCCCACACAUGUAAUCAACCACAUAGUCCUAUUGUGUCUCCUCUCCAACUCCCUAUUUCAGGCUUUCAGAUCUCUUCCUGAAAUAACAGAAAAAUUGUCUACUUUUACUAUCUCCAAUCCAUCUUCCCUUCCCUCUGCUACCAGAGUAUUCUAACAAAAUCUUAACAGAGUUAGUCCCCUACUUAGGGCCUUUCAGUGUUCCCUUUAGCCUGCAGGAUACUCCUCAGAAUCUAGCCCGACCCACAAAACUCUCCCUGUUCUGGCCCGUGUGCUACACGUAUAGCCUCAUGCCUUGCCCUUCAUUUUCUGUGCCAGCAUCAUUGACUUACUCUACCUUAUACAACACUAUACCAUUUUCUCCCUGUCUCUACCUUUGCUUAUGCUGAUCCCUCAGCCAGGAAUGCCUUCCCUUGGCUAACUCAUUUUAGGUGAUAACUCCUUCAAGAAGCCUUCAGUGGCUUUCACUCAUCUGCUGUCCCCCACCCCAGUGCCUUUCCUCUGCCCUCCAUAGUUAUUGAGUGUAUUUAAAGUUAGCACUGAAAAUCCCUGAGUCUGUGUCCAUAGUAGACAGUGCACUUCCUGAAGCAGGAAUAGUGUUUCAUUUAUCUAUAUCCCUGCAUUUAGCACAUAGAAGACUUUCAAAUGUUUGUUGAGUAAAUAACAUUAAGAAACACUUUUAAAGUGUUCUGGUAACCUCUCUGUAGUAAUAAUACCCUGAACAUUUUAGCAAGUGUUAAAAAAAGGGGAGAACAUUUUAAUAAGUUUUUUUUUUAAAGGAUAACUUUUUCAAAACAUGUUCACAUAUUACUGCCUUUUUAAAAAUCCUUACAGUGAAUUCAUGAAGUAGAUAGGGUAUUUCAUCAAAUUAUAGAUUAGAAAACUAAGGUAUAAAGAGGUUAAAUUAUAUAAGUAUUAAAAGGCUAUGUUAUAUGUAGUUCACUGAAUUUGAUGAAAGGUAUGGACCCUCUUCCCAGAAAAAUUCUCAUGUGUGCAUACACAAAACAUUUUGUAUAUAAUUUAAAGUAGCUAGUUCCACAGACUCUGUAUUGGAAACUCUUCCUCUAGUUAAUUGCAGAGUAGGGAUUAGGAUUUAAGGCGCUUUCUACCAAAUGCCAUUCCCUCUCUAUUUGAACUUCUAGUGAUGCUAUUAGGAAUCUUAAUAUUUCAAUUCCCUCAAAUUGUUUCCGGAACAAGGCAAAAUAAAUAUAAUUUUCAUUCCUCACUUGAGGGGUUCUACAGGUUUCACUGAUGCAAUUCCAAAAUUGGUGACUAUUUUAAAUGCCUCUUUUAUAGAUAGAGAAACAAAAGUUUAGGAAAUAAAAUUAAUAAAUCUGAGCAAAUGAAGUGGGAAAAUUAAGAAGAAAACCCAGGAAUCUUCUAUGCAAGUUAGCAACACAGAACUCUUAGCAAAAACUUUCUUUGUGUUUUUAUAACUAGAAGAUUCUGUUUCCAGAAAUGUAGCAGACUAGGUAAUUUCUGACCACCCCAUUGAAAACAACAAAAACUGAUGGAUAACUUUUUUUAAGUAAUGUACUAACUGGACAGUGAAAAACUACCAGAUCAGUGUCCAAGUUAAAAUGCUGGAGAGUAACCAACCACUGAAGGUGCUUUUACCAUGGUGGCA